CCGGGUUCAUGAUGUGACCUUCAACUUCCGGAAUGAAAACGAGGAUCUGACCUCUUUUCAGCCCUAGGUUCAAAAUGACCAAGGGAACUUCCAGUUUUGGAAAGCGGCACAACAAGUCCCACACGUUGUGCCGUAGGUGUGGUACCAGCAGUUACCAUAUUCAGAAGAAAACAUGUGCACAGUGUGGAUACCCAGCUGCUAGAAGGCGUCACUACAACUGGAGUGUAAAAGCCAAACGCCGAAAGACGCAAGGAACAGGACGCAUGAGGCACAUGAAAGUUGUGUUCAGAAAGUUCAGGAACGGAUUCCGUGAGGGUACAGUCCCCAAGCCUCGCCGUGCCGGAGCUGCUGCCCCUAGCACUACUGUGGCCACCAAAUAAGCACAGAGACUCUAAAAUAUUACUUGUAAUAUAAACCAGUAAAUAAACACACUUUACAUGCCUCAAAUUGGAA